AGAAGAACCAAACAAACAUGCGCUGUACCAUGGCAACAGUCGGCGUUUUCUUGCUGCUAUUAGAUGUUUAUUUAGCAAACAAGUUAAAAUACAAAAAGGCCACCACACCUGUGAGGUUAUUCACCGAGGAGGAGCUUCGGAGAUACGACGGCAACCGCGAGGGCGACCCCAUCUACAUGGCCAUUAAAGGGGUGGUGUUCGAUGUGAGCAGUGGAAAAGAGUUUUAUGGCAAAGACGCACCAUACAACGCUCUGGUGGGCAAAGACUCCACUCGAGCUGUGGCCAAGAUGUCUCUCCAGGCAGAAGACAUGACAUCGGAUAUCUCGGGCCUUACGGCGGAGCAGCUGCAAUCUCUGGAGAGCGUCUUUGAGGGCACCUACAAAGCCAAGUACCCCAUCGUCGGCUAUACAGCUGCACGCAUUCUCAACCAGGACGGGAGUCCCAACGAGGACUUCAAGCCAGAGGACCAGUCACAUUUUAACAUCAAAGAUGAGUUUUGACCUCAUCUUCCUUACUUCUACUUAAAUUGUUUGGUACGCUUUGUGAGAAUUUUGCUUUGCGGUUUGUUAAACACUUGAUGUGGAUGUAUGAAACACAUGACUGAUUCUUCAAAUUUUAGUUUUUCUCAAGAAAGUCUACACACAAACUCCACUGACAUAUAUUUUUAUUUUUUAUACAUGUUUUUUUUUUACUGUAAUUAUGAGGUGUUUUGUGAAUUGCCUUGUAAUAAAACCAAAAUAAUAUUUAUUUAUUUAUUUUCAUUUAUUUUUUAAACCUGUCCUGUUCAGCUGUUUGACACUGAGAAUGGAAGUCUAAGCGCCCGGUUGGUCUGAACAGUUUUAAUGUUUCACAUUGAAAGGAUGACAUACUCCCAUUGUGAUCAUUCAACAUACCUCGUUUAUUAUGACAAAGCAGCGAUCAGGAAGGGGUUAUGAGGGAACAGAAGAAAAAAAAUACAAGAGAAGAAAGAAAAGAAACACAAGCAAAACAACAACAAGAAAUACAUUAAUCGUCUACACUAACUACUAAUAUGUUGGUGCUAUCGUCAGCUAGAUGUAUUUCUGGU